CUUCGGUGCGAGUUGGGAUGGCUCCUUCUUACUACACAGCAGGUUGAGCUGCCAUAUUUUGGCUUUUUUUGUUAGUAAUCGCCGGGUUUUCAGCAGUUCCUGACUCUAAAUUACAGAUAUAACUGUUUUAACUUAUAAUUUUUUCAAUAUUGUGAGCAAUUCAUGCUGUCUAUUUGUGAAUUGAAAUGCAUGAUUCUCAAUCAUCUGGAUCAUAUCCACGCACUUCAAGCGAAUGGAACUCCUUCGCGAUAGAUGAAACGCCUUCGUACAUCAUAAAUCAUGAAAUAUUUCCCGAUCGAACAUUCGCUCAACUUGUGCAGACAGCUUUUUCUCCAAGAAUUGCCGUCUUGGCCACGUACGAUGCAGACAAGUUGGCUUAUCACAAGGGUUUUACACAGGGAUUUUGGGAACUGCUGCGUCCAUUUGGAGAUGAAAUACGAGAGAAAAUAGUCGCUCAUGAUAUGCAAGGCUCUACCCGAACACUUAACAAUUUUGCUCUUCAUUUUGUACCGUUUGAUGCAUACGAUAUGUCCGUACGGACCAAAGGAAAGGAAAACUCUUUUCGAGCAACCGUGGCUUCAAAGCAUCCCAAUCUUGUUUUGACGACACCAUUGUCCGACUAUCGAUUUGGCACCAAUUCCAAAGACGUAGAACAGUGGUUGUGGUACUUGGCAUACUUUCGGCAUCAAGAUAUUUCAGGGAAAAGUGCGCUUUUAUACACGCAGCAGUUCCUUGCCGGUCAACCAUUAGUACCUUUUGAAACAUUUAAUUAUCCCGUACUAAACCUGUUUGUUGUUUCUUCACAUAAUACAUCGCCCGUUGAUGCUCUCCGUGUCCUAAUUCAAUCAACAAAAUAUGCAGAUUGCCCUACCUUCCUCACGCCUGACGCAACACCUCGAUAUGUCUUUGUACAUGACGAAGACAAACAUGAUUUAGAGUUGUCCAUUGCAAUCUUUGAUACAAUGAAACGCUCGUUCGGGGAUAAUGGAUUUUUCCUUCGUUUACACUCUCAGAAGGCAACAUUAGAUUAUGAGUCUGCUGUUCCAUGUCCCCGGCCACAGUGGCUUUCUGCCCAAGAACAUUUGAAGCUUCUACAAGCUAGUGAAAAAACCCCCUUUUGCAUUUUCCAGUCCGAUGUUCAAGCCAUUCAACGGUUUGUUACAAACUUUUCUACCCUUAGCGUUAUUCCUCAUAUGGAGCGCUGUGUCAAAAAAUGGGAUGAUCAAUAUGCUUCUACUCGUCGUGGCUUUACGGGAAAACUACUAUUUGCCUCGAAGAAAUACUUCUCACCUUCGGGUUCAGGAAUCGCUAGCAAUUUUCGCCAUGCCUCACACACUUACAAACGUAACAGUACCGAGUUUUUUAUGCGUCGUUUGGCUGAUUUUUCCUUUAUGCUCGGUGACUGGACUCACGCUAUAAGUGUUUACGAAGCUUUAAUCCGUCAGUAUAACAAUGACCAGGCUCAUCUGUACCUUGCCGCAGCCCAAGAAAUUGUGUCUAUUGCGCGCUCAUUCUCGCCCGAGGAUCGUGUUCGUAACAGUGAGAAGUCUACCUUACAAACACUGCAAACAUACAUGAGUCAUUACACCAGAGGUGUCCCCAAUUCCCAUUUUCAUGCUGCCCGCGCAUUCCUUCUUUUAGGUCAACUUUUUGGUUCAAAAACCGAAGUUGAUAUUGAUAAUAGUGCCAAUUGGUGCACGAGCCUUUUAUUUUUUAGACGUUUAGGCCCUCUUGGACAAGCUAUUAUGUUUCAACGCAUUGCAAACUUGUACCAGGAGACUUGUGAAAAAGCUGUAUCCGCAUCGCAAGGUGCUGUUACAGCCGGUACUCACCGUUCUCGAAUUAGGAAGGCUGCAUUUUGGUCUCUUUUAGCCGCUGAAUUUUGGUGUAAAUGUAGAUUGCCGGAACUUGCAACUCCCUUGUUUUCGCAAUCACAAGGCACAUAUGAUCAAAUCCGUUGGACUUCCAUUAAUAAAAGCGUCUACAACGUGAGCAAAGAGAUAGAUCGUUUGCAAAAACGCUACACACACAGUGACCCUUAAUCGUUGCCAGGAAAAAAUUGCAAAUCUCGCCGGGCGAGCAGAAUCAUGGCUGGGCCAAUACACAAUAGCAAAUACGUUUCCCCUUUAUUCCUCCUUACGGUUAUGACAUGAAAUGGUCAAUGCUUCGUAUAUCUACAUCCUAAAUGUUGCUCUAUUAAAUGUCUAAUCCAAUUACACUUCACUCUCAUGACUUGUCGGCUCUCGUGCUGCGUCACUGCUGGCUCCGGCAGAAAUAUUAUUUUUUGAUUCUCCUGGUUUUUUUGCAGUAGAGUUUCGUUUCAUGUUGUUUCGUGCAUUUCCAACAAGGCGCUCAAAAUCAUCUGCGUACAGCUUUUCCCAGUCGGGUCCUCCAAUUUUGUCUCGUUUUACGAUGGGCUUUCUUGACUGGGCAUAUUCCCAGUCUCGAAGCUCACGAAGUAACACGGCUCGAGUUACCGGGUGUGUUCGAUCAAGGUUAGCAUUGUACAUAGUGACCCAUUGAGAGUGCCGACGCUGGAGUGUCUGUUUGUUACCGUCUGUAGGCAGUCCAAGUUCAGACAGUUUAGAUCGCAUUUUCGACUCGGAGAGAAUGGCAUAUGUAAUUUUAGGCAGACGAACACGCUCUUCUAUAGGCAUCUCACGAUGAUUCCGACUGACGGUAGACGUGACAGAAACGGAUAAUCCG